CGGUGCCUCCCCCUCGUCUCUCCGGCUGGCGGUGACUCCGGGUUCCCUCUCCACACCCGCUCGCAGUGGCUCACCCCCUUCUCCGCCCACCCUUCCUCCGGAGCGCGCCGGAGGGGAGCCGCAGCCCGCGCGCGGCGGCGGCGGCGGCGGAGCCGGGUGGCGAAGGCGGUGGGUGUGUGCGUGUGUGUGAAGGACGCCACCUCUCUCUCGAUCCUGCUUCCUCAGGCGGCGGGCGGCGGGGCUGCAAGCUCCGGCAGCGGCGGUGGCAGCAGCGGCGGCGGCAGCAGCGGCGGCUUCCGGAGUCCCGCCGCGAAGAUGCUCAAAGUCACGGUGCCCUCCUGCUCCUCCUCGUCCUGCUCUUCGGUCACCUCCAGUGUGGCCCCCGGGGCUGGGAGCGUCGUCUUGGAUUACUGGAUCGACGGUUCCAACAGGGAUGCCCUGAGCAAUUUCUUCGAGGUGGAGUCGGAGCUGGGACGGGGUGCUACAUCCAUUGUGUACAGAUGCAAACAGAAGGGGACCCAGAAGCCUUAUGCUCUCAAAGUGUUAAAGAAAACAGUGGACAAAAAAAUCGUAAGAACUGAGAUAGGAGUUCUUCUUCGCCUCUCACAUCCAAACAUUAUAAAACUUAAAGAAAUAUUUGAAACUCCUGCAGAAAUCAGUCUGGUCCUAGAACUCGUCACAGGAGGAGAACUAUUUGACAGGAUUGUGGAAAAGGGAUAUUAUAGUGAGCGAGACGCUGCAAAUGCCGUCAAACAGAUCCUGGAGGCAGUCGCUUAUCUACAUGAAAAUGGGAUUGUACAUCGUGAUCUCAAACCAGAAAAUCUUCUCUAUGCAACACCAGCCCCAGAUGCACCACUCAAAAUCGCUGAUUUUGGACUCUCUAAAAUUGUGGAACAUCAAGUGCUCAUGAAGACAGUAUGUGGAACCCCAGGGUACUGCGCACCUGAAAUUCUUAGAGGCUGUGCCUAUGGACCAGAGGUGGACAUGUGGUCUGUAGGAAUAAUUACCUACAUCUUACUUUGUGGAUUUGAACCAUUCUAUGAUGAAAGAGGCGAUCAGUUCAUGUUCAGGAGAAUUCUGAAUUGCGAAUAUUACUUUAUCUCCCCCUGGUGGGAUGAAGUAUCUCUAAAUGCCAAGGACUUGGUCAGAAAAUUAAUUGUUUUGGAUCCUAAAAAACGGCUGACUACCUUUCAAGCUCUCCAGCACCCGUGGGUAACAGGUAAAGCAGCCAAUUUUGUACACAUGGAUACUGCUCAAAAGAAGCUCCAGGAGUUCAAUGCUCGACGCAAACUUAAGGCAGCCGUGAAGGCUGUGGUGGCUUCUUCACGCUUGGGAAGUGCCAGCAGCAGCCAUGGCAACAUCCAGGAGAGCCAGAAAACUAGCCAAGAACCUUCUCCAAUCCAAAGCAGCAGCGAGAACAUCAAAGCGAUGCCAGAAGUAGAGAACACCCAAGGAGAUGGGCCCCAAGUGGCCGUGGAGGGUGAAGAGGCUGAGCUGAUGAAGGUGCAGUCCUUAGAGGAGGUGAAAGAUGAAGAUAUAAAUGCUGAGGAAGUCCCCAUGAUGGAGCCCGAUGCUCUGGAGGACGAGAUAAAGAUUGCUGACCCAGAAAUGGAGGAGAGCCCAGUGGAAGAGAAACUGAAGACUGUGGAGGAAGCAGCAGACCCCAGAGAAGGGCAGGAAAACCCUGCCGUGGGACUUGGAGUUCCACAACAAGAUGUGAUCUUGCCAGAGUACUAAGUUGACUUCCUUUAGAUCCGGAAGUCAAACUCUGGCAUUUUAUGUGCUUUGUCCUUCAGCAAGGAAGGGUGUGGAAGCAUGAUAUGCACUAAUAGUGAUUCUGUUUUUGAGGUGCAAAAAAAAAAAUACAUAUAUACAAGUUGGUAAUCCUAACUUCAAUGCAUGUGACUGCUUUAUGAAAAUAAUAGUGUUUUCUAUGGCAUGUAAUGGAUACCUAGUACCGAUGAGUUAAAUUUGAAAUUGCAAGUAAACACGACCCUUAAAAACACCCAUUUUCAGCAACCAGUGGCAGACAUUUUAAGUAAAAUCGUUCAAAUUAAUUUUCCUUUGAAAACCUAGCCAUCCUACAUCCUUUAGGUUUCUUCACAAGGCAGUAAUUCCUUUGAACUGCUUCUCAGAUAAUACUAGGAGAUGCUAUAAAAUAUAUUUCCAUGGCCUACCCAAUAUUUUUCAGCAUUAAUGUGUUCAAAACUGUUUACAAGGAAAUGGAUAUAUAAGUGAUAGUCAUACAGAAAGUGCAAAAAAUUUCCAUUUACAAUGGUAAGAAAUUGAAGCAUACUUAUAAGGGCCAUGAAUUCAUAUGCCCCUAAAGUUUAUGUGGAGAAUGUCCUCUUACUUAUAUACACCAUAUCAAAAAAGUCAAAAUGUUAUUAAUAAUUAAUUCUGCCAUUACUUCUGACAUUUUAACAAUCCUGGAGAAAGUAUUUUAAACACACAUGAUGAAUUUCAUUCUUCCCUUCACCUACUGUCCAAUAAGAUGCUCUUCAGGUAGACAAAAUUAAGGAAGAAUUAAGAAAAUUAAGGAAGAAUAAAGAAUAAAGAAAAUCAGGGAAGGAAAGGGGUAACAGAAUUAAUUCCUUUUCAUUUUGCAAAUAAAAUUAAUUCAUGAAUUUAUAAAACCUAUAGAUAGGAACAUUUUUAUGGAUAAAUCUAUAAUUACAAAGUUUCAAAUAGUUAGAAAAAAACUAUUCCACAAAUUGGUGCCAAAAUGUCUGAAUAGAGUAGAUCAUUCAUUAUUGACUUUACUAGAAAAAGACAAUUAUUGUGUAUAAAAACUUUCCCCUCCAAUUGACAAUGUCUAGAUAAAUUCUUUAUAAGCUUAAGGAUACUUAUGAAAUAUAGUAUAUCUUUUUCUCACACUUGGAAUGAAAGUGCUCACAUUUUGGAAUGUAGCGAAAAAGUUUUUCAUGUCAAGAAAUUUAGUGCACAAAUUUUUAUUUGCCUUAAAAAGUGAAUAAAAAUGAAGAAAACAAUGAUUUCAGAUCAUACUCUUGAGAAGCUAGAAUCUAAUAUUUUAUUAUAAUUUGUAUCUCCAGUGUAUUUUUCUCUGGCUUUAAUAGCAGAACCAUUUUUCCCUUAAAGAAAUUACACUGAGUCCAAGUACCUCGAAUUUAUUUCUACUUUGAGUUGAAAUUAAUAUUUUACCAAAAUCUUGCAUAAUGUAAUACAUUUGUGGUGGGUUUUAAUAAUUUUAAAAAGAAUAAUUUUCAAAGUCCAAAAUGAAAACAAUAAAAAUGACCAGCAUAUAAAAAUUCUCAUAAAAUAGAGAUCUUAAUUUCUUUUGGCUCCUCCUCAAAACCAUUACAUUGGAAAACAAAGUCUCUGUGGCUACUGGAGGUUAUUGGACCUCAGUGUACAUUUUGCAUUCCAAGCACAAAUCUCCUAUUCUCAGAGAAAAGAAAUAAGGUAGGGCUUCUGGUAUUCCAUAGUUUAGGGAUCUGAUAGGUCACAGCCAUAGAGGAAAAGACUCUGAAGAAGCACAUAAUCUGAGUUCAGAUGAUCAUUUUUUUGUUUUAUUUUUAUUAAUAGUACUUGUCCUCUUCUUCCCUCUUUUAUUCCCUCUUAGAAUUAAAAUUUUGGCUAUUAUAAAGGGCUCACUUUUUAACUUGCAAGAAUGUCUUCUUCAUUAAGCAUUAAGAUUCCCAUUUAAGAAGAGUAAUUUCCUGGUAAACUUUUCCCCCCCGUGAGUGUGUGUGUAUGUGUGUGUGUGUGUGUGUGUGUGUGUGUGUGUGUGUGUAGUAUUCCAUUUGUCAAAAGAGGAAAUAGGAGAGGGAAAUGGGGUUCUAUUAGAGAACAGCAAUUAGUUGGAAGAUCAGACCAUAUCAUCCCUCCCAUCUGGCAUUCCAAGGGCAGGUUAUAUCAUUCCAACACUGGGGCUGACUGGAUCAGUUGUCCCUGUGGAUUAUAGAAACAGCAUUACCAUUGCCACAGCCACACAGUUUCAGAGUGAAUUUAACCAUUUUUAACCAUUUAAAUGAUUGUACAUGACCUUCCUUGGUGAGUACUCAAGAACAUGAAGGUAAUUCCCUCUUUUUAAAUCUGUAAACUGCAUCUUCUAAAAUUUCGAUGGAGAUUUUAGAUUUUUACUCCAUAUGUUAAGUCCUGAUAAUGCCCAUAUAGUGACUAAUGAAGUCGUUUCAGUGGGAAACAAGUCAAUCUUUCACAGAAAUGUUCAUUUCAGUAAAGUAAUUCAGAUUUCAUAGAAAUAAAAUCUAAGCUAGCAUCAUCAUGUUAUCACUUUUGAAAGAACAUUGCUUGUUGAAAUGGGAUACAUUGUCUAUUGCAAGGAUGAUUUAGCUAAAUAACAGUAGGCAAAUAGAGACUUAAUUUGGAAAAAAUUCAUAAGGUUACUUCUGACAAUGUAGUCUCAAAGCAAGAUAGCAAAACUAAUAACAAUAUUUUGCAUUUUAGAACUGACAAUUAUCACAUUGCAUUAUUGGUUUCUAUUUUGAGAAGUUCAGAUGCAUAGUGUAAACUACAUUAUUUUACCAUAAGAGUCAAUACUGAACUACAUCCCCCAUUUAAAAAAUCUAAAAAACCCAUUUAAAAAACCCAGUAAUUUCUUUCAAAAUAUUAAGGAAACAUUUGUCCCAGGGACACAUGGACUAGAAAUUAGAAUAAGAUGGUUGUAGCAUUUACUAUAUAGAACAAGAGCUGUCUUGUAAUACAAGUCACAUAUGUAAUUUUAAAUUUCCUAUUAGUUACAUUUAAAAAAAUUAAAAGAUGAAAUUAUAGUAUCUUUUAACCUAAUAUAUCAAAUUUGCUACAUCAAUAUAUAAUCAAAAAAUAAUGAAACAUUUUGGAUUUCUUAUUUUUAUACUAAGUUUUUGAAAUCAGGAGUAUAUAUCAUAUCUUUAGUAUAUCAAGCAGUCAAAACCCACAUGUAGCUCAUGGCUAUUGCCUAUGGCACUGGUCUAGAGUACUUUUUUUAUUUUAAGCAAAGGGACACUUGAACUUUUAUGCUUAUGUCUGAGCUGCCUCAGUUUCCCACAUUCAUAAAUUGAAGAGAGGCCAAGGAGAAAAUAUUUCAGAAAUAUUGUAGACUGCAACAAGCAAAAAGCUAUUGGCUAUUCCCACCCAUUCAUAUGGCUUGAUGAAAUGUUUCCUAGCACAACUUCAAAGAACAGCACUUUCCUGAGCAUUGCCGAGUAAUCUCUUUGCCACAGUUCCUCUUGAUUUUUCUCUGGGCCCUGUAAUGCUAACUACAGACUAGAGCCUCUUGAGUACUGCCAGAAAGCCAACAGUAUUCCUGCUUACCAGUGUCUGCUGUGGGUCCACUAUGUGUCCCCAUUGAGAAAGGACUACACACAGAAUCCAAUUUGCAAUUCUGAACCAGUAUACCAUUCUUGUGUCACAGGCAAUAUAUCUUUCUAGAAAUCUACUGAAACUUAUAAAUUAGCAUGAUGAAGACUGUAUGAGAAUGGUGAUAUCACAUCAGUUACCCUGAAAUGACUAUUGGCUCUCAUUUUUUACACGUCGUUAGAAGGGUUUAAUCAACACUGCCAUUACACAUGGAUUUUAAAAAUAGACUCAGAAAUUUUUUAAAUACUGAUUUUAGAAUAAUCAUCAAGUUUCUAUAGUCAUUUUUAGUGGCAGACUUUAAAAGACAUGAAGUUUGCCUUUUACUGUGACCUCAAUUACAUAGUAUUUUAAACAUAUUUUGUAAUUUAGAAUGUUUAGCAAUGCCUAUUUCCAGUUUCACAUACAAGGCGACUGAUCAUGGGUUGCCUACAGGCUGAAAAUUUAAAGAGGGCUGUUUUGUUUCAUAAUCUAGUUUUUAUUGCACAGAAGCAGCUGGUUGCAUUUCAAAUUGGAAAAAGAAAAGUAAAUGCCAGAAAAGGCAAAGGAUAAAAUUAGUAAACCAUUUAUUCUGUUUUAGGGUUGUUCUUGCAAAGUCAAUUUAAAAAAAAAAAUUUAAAAAGAGGUCAACAAAGUGAGUUAACAGUAGGAUUUUCUUGAUGAAGGUGGACCUGAUAUAUAAUUGACAAAAUAUACAGAAUGGAGACCAAUUGCAUAAUUACAAUGCCAUUAUGUAAUUUAUUUGUCACUGCAGAGUAUACUGUCUGGUUAUCUAGGUCUACUAGGGAGGAUGCAAAGUCUGUAGGCAUUUACUUAUGUAACAGGACUUGUAAUAUCCUUGUAAUUACUGCCUAUUAAGUCAUAUUCCAAUUUCCUUAAUGAUCAGCAGUGAAAUGCUCCUGUUCAGGGUCAUUGCUAAAUUUGAGCAUUUAUUGGUUGAACACUGCUUAAUGUUUAGACUCUGUGUGUAUAUGCAAUGUUUUUGAAAAAAAAACAUAGACAUGUAAUUUCAACAUUGGUAUUAUAAUAUUCAUAACAAUUUGAUAAAUAGAAAUGUACCCAAUAAUUUUCUAUACAAAUUUCUAAGUCCUUUUAUUCCCUUGAAACAUUCAGGGUGAGUUUCCAGUACCUUGACAAACAGAAAAGAGAGGAGGGACAACCCAAUAAUAACCAAGUUCAACAUAUCCUCUUCCUGCACUUUAAAAUUUUUAAGGGCAAGAUUUUGUUGUUAUUAUAUUUUUGUGAAUAUCAUAUGAGCUCAUAUGUCACUCCAAUCAUUUUCAUACUUAACUUUGGGAGCAAAAACAAAUAUGAUUAAUUUAUAUCUGGUUAAAAAAGAUUUUCAUAAAUGCUCUGUGAUAUUCUAGUUGAUCUGAUUGCACAAUUUUAGCUUUCUUCCUGAUUCUGUUCCCUAUCAUCUGGCCCAGAGGUACCCUUAGAGCAAGAUAGAAGCCUUGCCAGAAAAUCAGACUACCUAAGAAGCUUGCAAGAAUCAGAUGCUACUCCAGAGAAAUACAAUACAAUCAAAGCAGCCACCUGGUUGAGCUGAAAUUAGCCAAGUGAGAGAAAGCCAAUUCCCACAUUCUGACUGAAACCUUGAAAGUGGUUUGUUUCAAUAUUAGUAUAUUUCCAUUGAUCAAUAAUGGUGCAAGAUUCCACCAGUUGUUGACUCUUUCCUUGUCUUGGUUUGCUACCAUUAAUCCCAAAUCAAUGUUUUACUUCAUCCCUGUGGCCACCCAUUGUAUAGCGUUGUGAGAUCCUCUAAAGCCCUGGCGGGAACAUCCAGACUAGCUCGAAAAACAAAGAUCCUUAUUAACCCAGAAUUUAGUUUGAAACUCUCAACAAGAUUAAGACUUAAAAAUCACCUUGUCCUUCUAAAUAGUUGUUUUCAGUGCAUUUUAAGAUUGACCUGGAAAAUCCAUAGAUAUGGAAUAUUUGUGUCCCAUCUGAUCUUUGCUAUGAUUCAUUGUGUUAAUAAUGACAGAUAUUUAAUCUUUGGUCAGACUGAAUAAUCCUUACUUUCCAUUCUAAAGAUUAUUACAAGCUACUCAAAUACCCUGGACUUUACCUUAGACUUUUUUUGAAAGCUAUUGUUUUUCUUAAGCUCUCCCCUAAUUCUAACAAUCAGUUUCAAAUGAUAAAAAUUUACUAGGUUUGCCCUUUCUUUUUUUCUUGAUACAUGGAUAAUAGUUCAUCUGUUUUGCAAAAUAUAAGUAUAGUCAUACUUGAAAACUAUCAUCUCAUAAUGGCCUCCAUUUAUCCUAAUCUAUUUUACACACCCACAAUACAGUUCAUAUACCAUGGCAUCAACUAUAAAUAGCAUAUUUAUUAUUUUUUUCUUUUCAUGGCACCAUUAGUCUCAGUAUUAUUUUCAUAAUUAUCUGUAAGCCAAAAAAAAUGUUCUAUUAUGUCCAUUCAUUAAUAGUUAGGUCAAAAUGACUUAAUAGUUUUUCAUUCUAUGUCCAACAGAUGUUGCUUUUUCCCUCAAUUUUUUAAAAUGACUUAUGUAUUCAGUUAGUGGGAACAGCUGGCUUCUGAUUUAAGUAAUUCCUUAUGAUCAGGAACUAAGAAUAUAAGCAAAAGGGAUUGUUAAUAAGAGUCAGGGGCUGGUGUUUAUAUUCUGUUGUCUGAAUGCCAAUCAUUCUUUUAGCUCUUUUAUUAAUGGAAAUACGACUUACAUAUUUGAGAUAUACAUAUAAAAACUUACAUACAUUUUACAGAAUCAAUUUCCACAUAAUUUUUCCAGGAAUUAAAUUGAAAUCUCCAAAGAAGAGUUUUCAGGAGUCACUGUGGUUUACAGAGCAAAUCUUUCAAAGGCUGUUUUCAUUGGAACAUAUCCAAACUAUUGUUUGUGGCUAUUUUCAUACAACCAGGGGAAAGUUGAGUAUUUUUAAAAAUGACCGUACAACCCACAAAGCCUAAAAUGUUUGUUUGGCUAUUUGGUCCUUUACAGGAAAAAAAUUUAAAAAAAAAAUUCGAUGGCCCUGGUUUUUCACAGCAGCACCCCAUGUUUUUUGAUGGCCUCUAGUGCAGUUUUCUGUACUGUAGUUCCCCAUCCCCCUGAGAUUAAGGUUCUGAUUCUCAUUUGCUUCAUCAGAACUUAGGUGAGUUUUGUUUGAUGUUGUAGACAGUCUCACAACAACUGCUGGACACAAGACAGUAAAAUUUCUCUACCAAAUUGAAAAUUCAAAAUUUCAUCAUUCCCCAAAAAAGAAAUUUAAAUGAAUGGAGUUCGCUGAGAGUGGAAGUUAAGAUUUCUGGUACUUUGAGCAUGCUUUAGAAACUUGAUCCUUAUAUUUAAAAAAUCGUAUAAAUACCUUAAUACAUAAUCAUCUGUACCUUAUGCUAGCAUUUGCACAUUUAAGCCAAUCUGAAGCUGUUACUUAAUGAGCUAAGAAAUGAGAGUUCUUUGAUUCUGAAUCUCUUAGAGUAUUUUAAAACAAUUUAUAUCAAUUGAACCUCCAUUAAUAAUUUUAGAAAAUAUGCUCUAUUAUGUGAUUUUCUCUGAUAAAGAAUUGUUCAUCAACAGACAAGGGAAUAGGCAAAUGACCAAAUCUUUUAUGUAAGAAAGCAACAUUUAAAUCCCCAUGCUUUUCUGAGUGUUCUAUAUUUCAUUUCUUUGAAGAGAAGGUCUUGAGUAAAUGCUUCCUUUACUUUUCUUACAUAUUUAGAAAUUCAAGAAGGGCCCUUUUCUUCAUCUAUUUCUGUCACAGAGAAAUUAUUCAUUCCAAAAUAUCUGCCUUAAGGGAAGCAGGUAACCUAGAUAUUGAGAGACAUUUAGGCAUUCGUGACUCUUGUGUUUCAGUUUGGCUUUCAACAUCUGUAGUCUAAAGGAUAUUUAAGUUACAUAUUGAAGUAAAAAACUCAUUAUCAGCCUAUUAUUAAGAAUACCUAAAAUUAUAAAUAUUAUGAUUCUAAAUAAUACACUCUUUUAUUUAAGCGACUGCAGGAAUCAAUAGUAUAGAACACAGGAACAAAAGAUAUGAAUCGUCCACCAGUUGGCCAUGGUUGAUGUAUGUAUAGGAAAGAGAAAUAUUUGUUUGGCUAUUUGGCUAUUCCAAUUUAGAAUGGGACUGGAAUGGAAGAGGAUGAAGAUGACAAAAUGUAAAUAAAGAACUCUACAUUUUUACCUUCCUACUUUCUGAAUUGCUCAGAGUUUGAAGAUUGUUGUUGAUGGAGUUAAAUAUCUUGCAAAUGAGUAGAUCAAAGAGCUGGUUUUUGUCCUCAAAACCAAACAGCACAUUUUAGGGGAACAGUAGGCCAACAUGGAAGCAUGUUUUAAGGACAUGAUUGGCUAAUGUUGAAGAUUUUCAGAAAUAGUCUAUCCUAGGUACCCAUUUCCCCAGUAAACUUUCACUGAGAAACUAUUAUAUGCAGUGGAGAAGAAAAAAAUGAAUUAAACCCAGUGCCACCCUCCAGAAGUGAGCUUUCAGUUGGAAAGAAAAGGCAAGCCUGUGCUAAAUCUGGACAGGUUGUAGCCUUCUAGGAAACAGGGAAAAGCUCUCUUUUGCUACAAAUGAUCAAGGAAAGCUUCAUGGGCACAUGGGCUGAUUUGAAGGACUAGAAGAAUCUUUGCAGACAGGAGAAAAGGGGGCAUGUCUGACUGAAGAUCGACCUGAGAGCAUAGGCAGAGAGGGGAAAGGCAAGACAAAGUGGUGAAGAAAUAACACUAUGUAGGAAAGACUAAAAUCCAGAGGGCAGUGUUGCUAAAUCUGCAGUAAAGCCUCAGAUUUGGUGCAAAGUUGAAUUAGAUUCCCUGCUCCUUUCUUGUUUUUUGUCAGAAACAAGUAUAGCCUUUCUUCAGAACAUCUGCCAUAUAUGCUUGGCUCAUCUGGUAUGCCCCUCAGCAGAAUGAAAAUCAUCCAAAAUAUCAAAGACAUUUUUACAAGUCAUUGAUUAAAGCAAAGACUCAGUCACUGAAAGCAUAAACUGCAUUGGCCAGGUCUCCAUUGAUAAAGCAGAGGAAACUAUUAAAGCAAUUAUCUGCCUAAGUUUUGCAGAACUGGAGUUCUAAAAACUCUUGCUACUCCAGAAAAUCACCUACUGAAGUUUGCUAACAAAGGCCCACAUCAAGGUUACAUCAAGGUUGUUAUCAUUAUUCUAGCCCUUUAAGUUAUCUGAUCUGGACAGUUCAACCCCCACCUUCCACAGGUUCCUUUUUAUAUUACUUACUGCAGGCAGUAUUUUUACAUUCAUCUUCAAGAAACUUGUUUUUAAAAAACAUAUACAAUUAGAAUCAGAUCACAGUAUAAAUACUUUUGGUUGUCUUGCAACUUUGCUUAUCUCUGAUAAUGUGUGAUUAGUGAAUGACUAUAUAGGGUCAAAGAUGAACUAUUAUCUGAAUAAGGAAAAAGAAACUAAGAAGUUAACAUAUAGAAAACCUAAGUUAGCAGGUACUAAGAAAAAAUGUCCUAAAAGGAGUUUUCAGCCUUAUGUGACAUUAUCUGGAGUGUCUUUUCUGAACUUUCCUAGAUGUGAAGUUUGUACUGCUGGGUUGUCAAAAGCUUUCUGGGCUAAAGGGCCAUAAGCUACCCCAUAGCACAUGGAGGCUUAAGUUAAUGAAAUAGUGAAUACAGGAAACAACUUCACUAGUUUAGCUUGCAAAGCAUUAGCCAACAGCAAAAGCCUGUAGGAUUUGGAGGACAAAGUAUGAAAUGUUUUAGUGUGCACAGCUAAGAUUAUGGGCUACCUUCCCAAUUUCUAUUUUAAAAGCACUGAAAAAAGGAGCUGUGAACAUUUCAUUUUUAAAACUUGUCAAAUGGUGCUAUUGACUCCUUAAUACAAAGAUAUAUUACAAUGUUUUUAGGUACAUAUAUUAAGUCUAGCCUGGCCAUAACUGUAAAUAAAGAAAAUGUUUGUAGAGAAUUCAUCAAAAUCAUGCCCAUUUGCUUUUGGUUGAGCUACCAUAUUCUUCAAUGGUGGUAGUUGACCACAGAGCUCCUACUUUGUAUAGAUGGGACACAACAGUCAUUGGCUCUUUCUCCUUUGCCCAAAGACUGGGGUAUACAACACAAGAGCUCACUAUCUUCUUGGAUUCAGGUUGGAAAAUCCAGUUCAAUGAUUAAAUAUGCUCAUUUGGCAAGGGAGUUGGAGUGUUUUCCAGAAACUUGAAGAAAGAAUGUGUGAUGGCAGCAAAAGUGGAUGUUAGAUUAAUUUUAGAAACUGACUUAAGUGAGGGCCAAUGUUACUUUGUGUAAGUUUAUUCAGAUUGUCAGAACAUGCCAAAAGCCUAUACCUUGCUACUGGGAAAUGUGUAAGCAAUUUGCAUGUACAGUAUGGUAAUAAAUCAUCUAAGAGCCCACCAAAA